GCCAUUUUGACGCAUUCGGUAGGUUUGAGUUCGCUUGGAUUUACCGUGACAUGAUCGAGAUAAAGAAAACCAGUUCGUAUAUUGGGAUAUAUACGUCGAUUUGCUUUCGAUUCCUGGACCAUGUACACUGAAUACUGGCCGUGAAAAUACGAGUGUAUGAUAUAUUGUUUUUGUAUUAUACCUGUGGAGUAAAGGUGUAAUUGGGUACGUUUGGCGACAUGGGCGACAUAGUCACACAGAAAGUGUGUGAGCAGUGGGCAGCUUGGCUGUCGUGCAUCCACAGCAGACUUUUGACGUGUGUUGUCAUACUUCUUCACGUAUCUUCCACACUGUCAUACAACAUUCAUAUCUCCUCCACGGACCCGGGGGGAACGCUUGUUUACAAUGGAACGUUGGGCAGAGCUUGGUCCCAUACUUUUGACUGGCCCGCCAGUUUGCAUGCAUUCCCCUUUGUGGAACUGGACUCCAGUGCAGGGACUGUGUUCAUAAAACAGAGGUUGAAGUGUGCCGACAACCCAGAGGAGAGCAUUCCAAAUCCGUUGCAUUUUAGAAUAAUAUCGAGGACUCGCAUAAAUAGUUUAUUUUCAAAUACUUCCAUAACACCACAUUUGUUGUAUGUCCAUGGUAACAAGUGCUCUUUAUCUCACAUCAGCAGAAGCAAAAUGUUUCAUUCAGUGCAUGAUUCUAAUCACUAUAUUAUUGUACAUAGUAGUAGACAGUUAUGCAUUCCAAGAGAUCAUCACGUGUUAUCCUUUUCUCAUUUUAUUCCUCUCUCAUUAAGACAGCAGUGUAGGAUUCAUGUUGAGAUGCCCCAUUCAUCAGAUUUUAGUGUAGAUUCGAAGAUGUUAGAUAUCACAACAAUCAUUAAACGGUGCUUCAAGAACAAUGCAAUCACAUUCGACUUCAAUGUGAUGUUUCAUUGCAAGAACAAAGGGUCGUAUGAUCUUCCAUUCAGAGUUGCCAUCCAUCCUAUUACAAAUGGUGAGGUGAAAGUUGUAUCGAGCGAGAGACACAGUCGUGUGCGUAGAGCUGUUAACAAUGCUCCAAGCUUUGCAAGUCCGUCGUAUACAGAACAUGUCCGUGAAGAACAGGCGCCUGGGGUGGUGGUGACCACCAUCACAGCAACCGACCCAGAUGCUGGGAAUUCCGGGAAAAUAUCCUACAGCAUGGUACCGAGUCGUGACCAGAGAAGUCACGAUAUGUUUACCAUCGACCCAGUAACAGGAACCAUCAAGACAACCAAGAAAUUAGACCGGGAAUUUAUACCUGCUCAUUUCUUCACCGUGAUUGCCCAAGACAAUGACCUCGUACCCAAGAGUGGUACAACUUCUUUAAUGGUCAUCGUUGAUGACAUCAAUGAUCACGCACCAAAAUUUGAAGAAAAUGCAUAUUAUUCUCGUAAUAUAUCUGAGAAUCAGCCAGAAGGAUCGAUCAUUUUAACCGUUCAAGCUGUCGACCAGGAUAUUGGCGAUAAUGCGAAAAUCCGAUACAGUUUUCUCGAUUCUGGUGGUUCCAGCAAUUCAUUUAUAAUUGAUUCUAUACGUGGGAUUAUUUCAACACUGACCAAGCUUGACCGCGAACAGAGAUUGCGAUACCGGCUUAUCGUACAGGCAAUUGAUCAGGGCGACAUGGCUGCAAGGAGGUCAUCAUCAGCAACUGUAGAUGUUAAUGUGCUUGAUCUCAACGACAAUUCUCCCCAGUUCACAAACGACAGCUACAUCGUGAAAGUGCCCGAAAACAUAGACGUGAGCAAUCGACCGGUGAUUGCGUACAUCUCGGCCACGGAUAAAGAUGCGGGAAUGAACAGCAGGAUCAGAUACACGUUGACUGGAAACACAGACCAGAUCUUCAGCAUCGACAGCAGCACGGGGAAUCUGAAAAUCGUGAAACCGCUCGAUCACGAGUAUGUUUCUGAGUACAAGCUGAAUGUCCGGGCGGAAGAUGGUGGAUCGCCGUCACGAAAGAACACCACCGUGGUGCUGAUCCAGGUGAUCGACGUGAACGACAAUAGUCCUCAAUUCACCUCACAGCUUUAUGAAGAGUACAUCUCCGAGAGCGCCAAGGUCGGCACGCAGAUUCAGCAGGUGCAUGCCUCCGAUCGGGAUUUCGGUGAGAACUCCAAUCUGAACUACACGAUUCGCAAUCCACCUCCAGACAUGCCCAUCAUGAUAAACCUGAAAACAGGAUCUUUGCAGACAACCCAAACAUUGGAUAGAGAAAAGCAGAAUACGUACAGGUUUGUCAUCGAAGCGAAGGAUAAUGGGAAGCCUCCGCGUUCGGCCACGGCUAGUGUUGUGAUCCACAUCCAGGACGUCAAUGAUAAUCCACCAAGAUUCAAUCCGCGGGUUUAUCAAACAACAAUUUCUGAAGAUGCUCAGGUGGGAUCGCCGGUUGUCACGGUAACCGCCGUCGACAGCGACGAAGGUGAAUUUGGAAGGAUUUCUUAUGACAUAGUGUCUGGAAAUAUGGCCAAUGCAUUUCAGAUCAGCAGGGGAACUGGGAGCAUAUCCAUAGCCAAACGACUAAAUGCAAGGGAGCAUAAUCGAUAUGUCUUGUCGGUUACUGCGAGAGAUAUUUCCGGUAAAAUGGACACAGUCAACGUUUUCAUCAAUGUGUCUGACACUAACCGAAAUUCACCAGAGUUCCAGGGAUUGCCGUAUUUGAAGGAGAUAGAAGAAAAUCUAGCGGUUGGAACAUCGGUUCUGAAGGUUCUAGCUCUGGAUAGUGAUAGGGGAGAGAAUGCUAGGAUUACAUAUUCAUUGGAACCAGGGACGUCCGCCUUUGCUAUUAAUCCAGUAACCGGACUGAUCAAGACGCGUGAAAUCCUGGAUCGAGAAAUGACGCCAGUUUAUGUGUUAAGCGUUGUAGCAAGAGAUCAUGGAAAUCCAUCUAAAAGUGAUAUUGCUGAUGUUGAAAUUAAAGUCGACGAUGUGAAUGACAACAGUCCGUUGUUUUCAGAAGACACUUAUCAGGCCCAUGUACGGGAAGAUGCACUACCCGGUCGCAUUCUGCAGAUCUCUGCGACAGACAAAGAUACGGGAAUCAACGGUAAGAUGUAUUACACAUUUCAUAAUGGCAAUGACGGGAAUGGUGACUUCACUAUUGACAGUGCACUGGGAAUCAUUCGUGUUGCAAAACCGCUGGACAGGGAAACCAAACCUUACUACGAACUUGUAGCUUACGCAGUUGACAGGGGUUUGGAGUCGAGAAAUACGUCUGUGAAAAUCAAAAUCAUAGUUGACGAUGUGAAUGACAAUCGUCCGAAAUUUGAAUCGCCUGUCAUAAAUGUCUGGAUUCCUGAGAACAGCCCCAUUGGAUCUACUGUUGCUAGAAUUUCCGCGACGGAUGCAGAUUUUGGAAUUAAUGCUCUUAUUGAGUACAGUUUCGAUGGUGGUGCAGACGCAGAUUCCUUCCAGUUGGUGGGACGAAAAGGAGACCCAGCUAUAAUCACGACCCGCAUUUCUUUGAAUUACGAGUCUGAUAAAAAGCAGUACGAACUAAUUCUAAGGGCUGCGUCAGAAUCGAUGUUCUCAACGGCACAGGUUCUGAUUAAUGUCAGAGAUGUCAAUGAUAACGCACCACAACUUAAAGAUUUUAUGAUUAUUUUUAACAAUUUCUACGAACAUUUUCCAACAAAGCCUAUAGGGCGAGUUCCAGCAUUUGAUCCUGACGAAUCUGAUCGAGAUCGACUGACGUACCGGUUUAGGUCUGGAUCCAUGGCAGGCCCUCUACACCUGAACAACUCAACAGGGGACAUAACUCUCGACUCGAGGGCUAAUUCAGAUGUUCCAAGAGUGGGCAACUUUGAAGUCACAGUUUCUGAUGGUAUCAACACGGUGAAGGCCGCCUGUAUUCUGCAGUUCCGCCUUGUCACGGAGGACAUGCUCCUGAACAGCGUGACGAUCCGCCUCAACAAGAUGACCCAGACGACCUUCCUGUCCCCGCUCUACAAGUUCUUUGUGGACGCCCUCGCCACCAUCCUGCACCAGGAUGAGAGCAACAUCUUUGUCAUCGACAUCCAGGAUGACACCGAUGUGACGGCACAGAUCCUCAAUGUCAGUGUGUCAGUGCGCGAGAUGACCAUCAGCGACCGCGGCAGCAGCAAGGAUAUUUUCUACUCACCAGAGUACAUCAAGGAGCAGAUCUACCUGCAGAGGGUGAUGCUGGCCAAUUUGUCAACAUUGCAGGUCCUGCCCUUUGACGACAACCUGUGUGUGGUUGAGCCGUGUACGAACUUUGAAGUCUGUCAGACCGCGCUGGUCUUUGGAAGUGCGUCGGACUUCAUCACUUCUGACACCAUGUUGUUUAGACCCAUUCAUCCUGUCAAUGGCUAUAGGUGUGUCUGUCCCACAGGAUAUACAGGGAUGAAGAGAGUGAACCUGUGCGAUGUUGAUGUUGACCUGUGCUAUUCCCGACCUUGCCUCAAUGGAGGCCAGUGUUUUCAGAAAGAAGGAGGAUACACAUGUCUCUGCUCAAACAAAUUUACUGGUGCCAACUGCGAGUUCAACUUGACAGCGAAGUACACAAGUCUUACCUGUCCCUCUAAUCUGUGUCAUCACGGAACUAGUUGUGUGCCACUCAUUCAGGGUGGAUUCCGCUGCAUGGGUUGCCCUGACAACCAGAAUUACGACCAGUUCUGUCGCCUCACCACCAGAAGUUUCAGCAAGGGAUCGUUUCUGACAUUUCCAUCAUUGAAGACGAGGAACCGCUUUGUCAUACAGCUAGAGUUUGCUACUCAGGAACCUAAUGGCCUCCUGUUCUACAAUGGUCGAUUCAACGAACUUCAUGAUUUCAUGGCUCUAGAAAUUAUAGAUGGACAAAUCCAGUUUUCCUUUUCACUCGGUGGUAGCACUAUACAGGUUCACCCAUAUGUGAAAGGUGGAGUCAAUGAUGGGCAGUGGAAAAUGGUCCGAGUCAACUAUCAUAGCAGAGAGGCCACUGUAACUGUUGGAGAAGACUGUGACAGUUUGAUUUCAAUCAAGUUUGGUUCUCAUAUUGGAAACUACACAUGUGCAGCAAGACAGAUACAUGUGCUUCCUGAUCGGUGUGCAAAUCCAUCAAACCAAUGUCAACGACUCUUUGACCUGACAGGACCGUUUCAAAUUGGGGGUCUUCCGAAACUUCCGACCACGUUCCAGAUUGAAAACAAGGACUACGUGGGCUGUAUCCGGAAUGUUUACAUCGAUCGGAAACUUCUCGAUCUCGCGUCCCCCGUGUCUUUCAGUGGAAGUGGGACACAACCAGGAUGUCCGGCCAAGAAGAAAGAAUGUCUGUCCCUGCAGUGUAACUCAGGAAGCUGUCGAGAAGGAUGGAAUUCAUUUGUGUGUGACUGUCCAGAAGGGACUGGCGGCAAGGACUGCAGUCAAGUGAUUUCAAAAUCUUGGCGUCUCCGUGGCAAUGGUUACCUGCACUACAAGGACCUGACCGUUCCGGCUGUACGAUUUAUCUGGUACAACGGUCUGGCAUUCCGCACUCGACAGGCUGAGGGAACUCUGAUGCAAAUCAUUCUUGAUGUGGGCGAAGUGGUCAUUAAGCUUGUGGAUGGAUUCAUCACAUACACUUUUGGAAGUACAUCCAUAACCUUUGACCAUGCCCAAGUGAAUGAUGGGAAGUGGUACUACUUUGAGACCCGCUGGUACCAAGGCCGUCUUGAGAUGUUUCUCAACUAUGGUCAGCUGAAGAAAGCUGUGGAAAUGACCAGUACUAUUAGUGGACGCUCCAUAAAUAUGGUCUACGUGGGUGGACAUCGGAUUGGAAAUGGACCCAUUACAAAUGGACUGGAUGGAUGCAUUAAGGAUGUGCGUGUCGGUAACACGGCCACCUCCAAGUUGGAGAAUCCCGUCCACACCAAUGCUGAGGAGGGCUGUAUUGGAGCGGAUGUGUGUGCCAACAAUCCGUGUGGAGCGGGGCGCUGUGUUGACGAGUGGGAGGGGUAUUCCUGUGUGUGUCCGCCAGGCUACAUUGGGCCACAAUGCAUUGACAUCUGUUCAACAGCCAAUCCAUGUGAGAAUUUUGCUGAAUGUCGACGCCCAUCUGGCAUUAUCAAGCACUACACGUGCGACUGCGGUCAGCGACAGAGUGGACAGUAUUGUGAGAGGAUCGCCCCGUCCACUUGCCCCGCGGCGUGGUAUGGGAACCCUGUGUGUGGCCCCUGUAAAUGCCUAGUACACAAGGGCUUUCAGGACAACUGUGACAAGCUUACCGGGGAGUGCUAUUGCAAGUCCAACCACUACCAACCACCUGGAAGUGACACGUGUCACCCUUGCAACUGUUACAUCCUCGGGUCAGUGGGUUCAGAAUGUGACAACGUGACUGGUCAAUGUCAGUGUCUGACCGGGGUCAUAGGUCGGCGAUGUGAUCAGUGUUCCAGCAGGUUUGCCCAGAUCGAUACCGUGACAAAAUCAUGUAGAGUUGUCUACGAUACUUGUCCAUAUCAUUUUGCUGAAGGUGUUUGGUGGGAUCCUCCUGGCUUUGGCAACACAGCUGUCCAGGAAUGUCCUUACAAAGCAACUGGUGAUGCCAAAAGAAAAUGUACAGAGGAUAAAGGCUGGCUGGAACCAGAUUUGUCAAACUGUACAAAUGUUAACUUCACAAAGAUACUGCCAAAGUUGGAGCAAAUAAAGCUGGGUAUAAUCAACACGUUUGUUGCCGUGACAACUAUUGAGAGUCUGAAGAAUGCCACUGACACGACAGCACCAAUGUUUGGAGGGGACGUUCAGAUAACGUCUGAGAUUAUUGAACACGUCCUGAUGUAUGAGAACAAACAGAAAGGACUGAACCUGACCAGUGAGCAGCACGGGACCUUUAUACAGAAAAUGUUAAUGGCUUUGAGCAAUGUAACAGAGUCUGACUUGAAACCAUACUGGAAGCAACUAAACAUCAAGUCUAACGCAGCAGCCAAACUUGUCCAUCUCUUUGAGACGUAUAUUGCUACCUUGGCAACCAGCAUCUCAUCAACAAAGUCUCCUCCAUUCGACUCGGUCUCUGACAAUGCAGUGCUUGGCGUUGACUGGAUUUCCAAAGUGAAUGCAACAAAGAAGACUAUUCCCAAGUAUGAUAAUAUUCAGAGGAAAGGGAUAUUUGAUGAGGAGACUCACGUUGAACUUCCAAUGUCACUUUUCAAAACCACACAUAUUGGAAUGCGGUCUCUACCCGGUGAAAACACUGAGCCCAAAGCCUACAUUGGUUAUAUUUUGUACAGAACUAUGGGAAACAUUCUGCCUCAGAAAUACUCUUCCUCUGUCAGAAUACUGCGUGGUCGUCCAAUGGCCAUUGGCAGUGCCACCUUUUCACUUGUUCUGGUUGAUGAAGGGAAAGUGAAGAAGGGUCCAAUCGAAGAAGCUGUCAACAUCACAUUCAAAAUGCUCAUCACUCCCAACCAAUCAGAGCCUUUGGUACAGUGUGUAAUGUGGGUGGAGCAUCCAAUCAGGGGAUGGCUGUGGACCACAGAUGGAUGUACUGUCAAGGAUCGCUAUACGAAGGGCUCGGAUAACUUUGUUGUAUGCUCAUGUUCCCACCUCUCCACGUUUGCUGUUCUCAUUGACAUUGCAGAAACAGAGUUCCUGGCUGGUGCAGCGUUCCCAGUUGAGGUUAUGACAUUUGUGCUGGUGUCUGUGUCACUCGUCUGCCUGGUGCUGUCAUUCCUGGUCUUCAUGGUGUUCAAGCGACUGCAGAACAACUGGAACAGUAUUCACAUCAACUACGUCUUCGUCCUCAUCAUCACUCAGCUCGCGUUUGUCAUCGGCAUCGACCAGGUCGAUCACGAGCUGUACUGCAAACUGAUCUCCAUAGCCCUGCACUACUUCUACCUGUCCGCCUUCGCCUGGUUGUUUGUCGAAGUUCUCCACAUCUACAGAAUGCUCAGUGAAAUGCGCAUAAUAAACUAUGGAUCUAUGAAGUUCUACUAUCUGCUGGGAUAUGUCAUUCCUGGCAUUAUUGUUGGUUUGUCUGUCGGUCUUUAUACCAGUGGUUACGAAAACAGAAAAUUUUGCUGGAUGUCCAUAUUUGACACAUUUAUUUGGAGCUUUGCUGGACCAGUGGUAGUUGGUGUUCUAAUUAAUAUAUGUACCUUCAUCCUGGCAAUGCAUGCUAGUUGUCGAGAGAAGAUUCGGGAACCAGAAAAACUUGGUGCUCUGAGACUUGGUCUUCUGUAUUGUAUAAUAUGCCUUCUGCUCCUGGGCUGUUGCUGGGUGAUUGGCCUGAUCUCCAUUAACUAUGAAAACAAAGUCUUCCACUACGUCUUUGCUGUUUUGAUGGGAGUCAACGGCAUAUUCAUUUUUUUCUUCCAAGUGGUGCUCAGUAAGAAAGUUAGAAUGUUGAUAAAGCGUGCUUGGUACAGAAUGCAGGGAAAGAAAAUAGAACUGGAUGAAAAUCUAGUGCGAACCAGAAGUACAAUGUUGUCAAGAUCGGCACUGGCCUACAGGAAUGACUCGUCUGACGGCGGUAUGGCCCGCGUGAAUAUCGGAAUCUCUACCACCUCGACGAGCAGUCGCACCAGCAAGUCUAGCAGUGCAUUCAAGAAGGCCGACGACUACCUGCGCAGUACAAGCAGCUCCACGUCGGGGCACGGGCCGCUGUACCCACCCAACACCGGGAUACCGCCCUACGGCUACGACCCGGCCACGUUCCACGACAAGGAGCCCGACGGUAUGUCUGAACCACACCCAGACACAGGGGAGAUAACCCACAUGAAGGACGGCAAUGAAUCGGACACGGACAGUGAGCUCUCGGUGGACAGAAACAGUUUGGAUCUGGCGUCUAGUCACUCCUCCGACGAUGAUGACGAGUUUGAUCUCGGACCUCAGUGGGAGCAGCCUGCUCCGAAGAGUAAAGCUGUUGUACAAGCCAGAGAAGCCUUAGAAAAGCAGAAGAAAGAAAGAGAGAAAGAAAAGUUGAAAAAUAAUGCCAAUGAUCAUUUAGCAGGAAGUGGAAAUAGAAGUGAUGGCGAUAAACAUCGGACCAAUCAUUUACGGUUCACGGGAAUGCCACCUGAUGUCACUAUACCAGCUUCAGAUCGCCAUGGUCGAGAUUACAUUAUCCCCCCUGUCCGCUCCGAUAGCCUGGUGAACAAUUAUGCAGGCAGUAACACCACUGUGGGUGACCGUGUGAACACGGCCCCGAUGAGGGUGCAAGUGUUAACACACAAUGGCAGCAUCUCGUCCGAGUCCGACGUGUAAGUGUUCCCCUCCCCCGGGCGACACAGACUACAUAUAUAUAAAGAUCCAGCGAUGAAACCACUGUCUGACCUGCUGUGACAAAAGUAUCAAACAGUGUCUUCACGUAAACAGCAUUGAACAUUCCAUCAUGUUAUCACUAGUCUUUACAGACUGUUGAACCCCCACUCACUAGCAUCUUUACUUAUUCUUGGAGUACAAUGUGAUCUUUUAUAAGUAAUACUAUUUUAAAAACCAAAAAAACCCCAGCCCUUAUUAACUUGCAUCUUGGAGUACUUGUUACAAAAGAUUAACAUACAAUGUAAUCUUUUAUUAUUAUGUAAUACUUUGUAAUCGUUGACGAUGGCCUGCAAAAUAUGAUUUUAAUAUUAAUAUAUGAUCUGUUUAACAUUGUGUUAAGGUCCCAUACUAUGUAUCAUGUGAAGUAUUACUAUUGUGUACAAUGUUUAUAUAAUGUUUGCUGUCUCUCCAAGAGAGUAUUAUAUUGUAAUAAUUAUUAUGUACAGUGCUAAAGCAUAUCAUAUUGUAUGUACAUUUCACAGAUCAGUUCAUUAUCACUUGUAUGUCAUUGUCCCUGUACAGUUACAUUAUAUUGUGUAUGUUCAAAACUGUUCAAAACUGAUAACAUGAGAGGGGAGGCAGGUAUAUAUGUACAUUUUCAAAGAUUAAAAGAUGAGGAACAAUAUUUGUAUAAAUUGGUAGGAUUCAAAAUAUGGUGGGUUUUGGGUUUUUUAGUAUAUAUAUUAAACCAUGUUUAAAAACAAAACAAAUUAUUUUUUAAUCAAAAACAUUAAGCAAUAUUCUCAUUUUAUGUUAAAUUACUGUAUGUUUACUUUUUACUAAAUAAUUAAACAUUUAAUUCCAUUUUAAAAUUAUGUCUACUCAGUCCAGGCCUCUGAAAAUUGCGCAAACAAUCGUUUCCUCGCACAGGUCUAGUUUUAUGUAACCCAUUUUACAUUAUUGAAAAAAAAAAAAAAAAAAAAAAUUAAUAUUUUACACUAUCAGUUGGUCAGUUUUAGGUUUAAUAAAUAUCUGUUAGUUUUUAUUCUGUAUUAUAAUGAAACUAAUCGGUGUAACAUUAAAUAUCUGCCCACAGACUGAGAGCUGCAUGUUGGCUAAUUUAUUUGCUUAGGCUGUUAGGUGGGUCAGAUUCAGACCAGUAGAAAAAAUCACUUCCAGCAGUAUUUAAUAGUCAAUUUCUAUACGUAAUAGCAUGAAUUCAGGGGCCUAGCUUCUAUAUACACAGGUACGCAACUGGGUACCACCUCAGAUUACAAAAUCUUUUUUAUUAUUAAAAUAUAUGAUGUAAAUGCAUGUAUGUGUAUGCGUUUUAUUCUAUGGCCAAAAAAGUCUGUGUACCACCUGAAAAUGCCAAGCUAGGCCCCUGAAAUUUAUAUACUUGUGCAAUUUUCGUAUGCCUGCUUACCACAUUGGUCAUUGUUGGCAGUCAUUUCAUGCAAAUAUUACAUUUCAUUUGUUUGUUAAUUUUUGUCAUUGUUCCCAUAAUGAUAAUUAUAUUUGUAACGGGUUACGCAAAAUGAAAUGGGUUACCUGAAAAAAGAAUUUGGGUUACGCAAAGUCUCAAUUCUCAGAGGACCUGCGAGUCAUGACCCUAUUUCAAAGAAUAACAAUUUAAUAUAGAGAAUAAUACACGAGUCAUGACCCUAUUUCAAAGAAUAACAAUUUAAUAUAGAGAAUAAUACACGAGUCAUGACCCUGUUUCAAAGAAUAACAAUUUGAUAUAGAGAAUAAUACAUGAGUUUCCAUUUGAUACCAUUUGUUUUUAAACAACGAGUUGUAAGAUAAAUGGUAUCAAACGGACAUGAAUGUAGUACUCUGUUUCUUACAUACCUCGAAACAAUGAAAAUAUAAACAAUAUAAUGAACUAAAUUAUGUUGUUACAGAACGUAGCCUAACUGGGUCAUGGCGUAUGGAUACUUGGCUUUAAGCAUACAUACCACGUCAGAACCAAAUCACUAUUGUACUAACAGAUCCAUUUUCCUUAAAAAAUAGAGCACUGUAAAAUAUUUGCUAACCAAUUGGAAAAUGAAAUUGAUGAAAAGUUAUCAUUUUAAUGUGGCGAAGCAUUGUAAUAAUACAGCUAAUUUUGAAUUUAAAUGAGGUCACUUUACAUCUCCUUACAAUAACACUAAACUGGGUCAUGAUCUCUCAGAAACGAUCUCCAACAUACGUUGUAUACGAUUUUGAUACACAACGGUGAUCUCCAUGGGUGUGUAAAACUAAGAGAUAUAUUUACUGAACAACAAAAAGAAAACUAGUCCAUUGUAAGUGUAAAUACAGUGUUUUUAAAUUUUCUUUUAGUGAAAUAUGUUCUAAUUCUUUUAUAUACGAAUUGGCUAUUUUCUAGAAAGGCCAUUCUUAAUCAUGUCAAUGGUGACUAAAUCCAUAAUUUAAUCAGUUUUAUAAAUUUACUGUAUAUGGCCACAAAGUAGGGUUUUCAUAAAUUGCAUCAAACAUUGUUUGAACACUCAAAGACAAAUGCUCCCUCAGAAGCGACUUAUUUGAAGUAACCCACAUUUUAAAAAAUACCAUUAUAAAAAUACCAUUAUACCGGUAAAGCACACUGGGUUUGUUAAAACAGACACUGCCUUCAUAGUGAAUGUCAUAUUACAAUUACUAAUAAAAAUUGCAUAGAAACAAUUUCUCGAUGAUGUGAAUUGAGUUGAAAGCAUAAACUCUGCAAACCCAGAUUAGAAUGAUCUAUAUUGUUAGGUUCUCAAUGUACCCAUCACAAAACCCUAAUUUACUCAAAAUGACCUUGAUGUGGGUUAACAAGUUCUUGCAUGCAAAGCUGUGUAAUGCUUAUCCAAAAAAACAGAUGAUUUGUGUAUCAAAUAGCAAAUUAUUAUUGAAUAUUAUAUUUGAAGAUAUGAUCUGUUAUAGAAAUUAUAUAUAUAUAUAUGAUUAGCUUACAUAUCAAUUGUAUAUAUAAAUUAAUUCUGUAGGCCUAUAGCUAUAUUGAGUUGUGAUCAAAUUAAAAGAACAAAAGGCAAUGACUACACAUAUACAUAUAUAGGACUUGUGCUCUUGUUAUGGUUUCAAAGUAAUCAUAAUAGAAAUUAAUCUGUUUUACGUAAACAUGUUUAACCUUUUUGCUAUAUAAGCCAUUUGUUCAGUUUUUUCAUUGAUAAAUGAUUUAAAAAAAAUAACAACAGCUUUCCGAAGGAUCUGUACGGUUGUGACUUUUAACAAAGGCUCGUUAAUAAUAAUGGUCAUGGUUUAAUUAUAUUUCAAGCCUUGUAAAUCAUAUUACAUGGCUGUCCUGUUUAGCAAAGCUUAUACAGCGUUGUAUUAUAAAAUUUUAAAGUUGAAAUAUUUGCAUGUUCAAGUAUGGUUAUAUUUUGAAGGAGUAAUAUUUCAAGUCUUGUAAUAUAUAUUUUGCGUGAGUGUAUGGUCAUAUUUAAAGUUACUAUGUUGUAAAGCUUAGCUAUAUACAUAUCUGUAAUGUACAUGGCCAUGUUUUAAAGUUGUGGUACUGCAUGGCUUGUACAUUAUACAGUGAAACCCCUCUAAACCACACACCCUUGGGACCAAUACAAAUGUCCAGUAUUAAGAGGGAUCUGGUUUAGAGAAGUUAAUUUCUGUACUGGUUUUUAAAAAGGGACUCUGUAAAACAUCCGGUUUUGAGCGAAUUCCAGUUUACAGAGGGUCCGGUCUUGAGAGGUUUCACUCUAUAUCAUACACAAAAGGUCAUAUUCGAAGUUGCUGUACCGCAAUAAUAAUAAGCCUAUUACAUUGUAUUGCAUAUCUGCAUUAUAGUAUGGUCACAUUUUAAAGUUGUGGUACUGAAAACCUAUACAUUGUAUUGCAUAUCAGUAUGGUCAUAUUUUAACGUUGUGGUACUGCAAAGCCUAUAUACACUGCGUUGCAUAUCUGUGUCAUAAUGUUUUAAUGUAGUACAACAAAGCUUAUUACUUUGUAUUGCAUAUCUGAAUGAUGUGGUACAUUGCAUUGCAUAUCUAUAAUGAUCAAGUUUUAAAUUUGUAGUGUUGUCAAGCUUGUACUUGUGUUACAUGGCUGUUUUCUGUGUUGUGCCAUGUGUGAUAAGUUGAGUCUCAAUUGUUUAUUCCCAGUCUUCCUGGGCUUCGUUUUUUAUUUAUUGAUGUACAUAUCAUGUCAUAUUUUAUUGAUCUCUUUGUACAGAAUUUUUUUUAUCAAAUUCAUUUUUAUGAAAUAAAUGUAUGUCCUUUUUUGGAUAACAUUAAAUGCAUUAUAAAUAUA